AUGAACCUCACACCUGAUCAAGCGAGAGCCCUGUUCGAAGCAGGAGGCUUCCUCAUUGUCACUGGUCUUCCACCUGGUUCUUCUGUCUCCCUUGAUGGAAGCUCAAACGUCAUCUCCAACUUCUCAGGCUACAAAUUCCUUCCUCCGGGUUUACAUCUCUUCACCUACUUCCCUUCUUCUUCUUCCCAAACUUCAACCUCCCAAGUCGACAUACCUCCCAUUCGUUCCGCUUUCAUAAGAGUUUGGUCCCCUCGACAACGUAUCAUAAUAUCUUACUCUCCCAAAACUGAGACUAUAUCUCCUUCCACCACCGAGACCGUGAUUUUAGACGAUCAUUUGAAAACGUUAGAUCCUCAUCUGGCAGGAUACGAUUUCUCUCAUUUCCCAUUAUGGCGUUUACUCACUUCUGAAAUCGAUCAAAGGGUUUUGGAUGAUGUCAUCGGGUCUGAUGGACGGGUGGAUGGUUUGACUUUGGUAAAUGGUGAGACCGACGAUUUUCCAGAGCUCGCUGGUGAAAGAGAGAAGGGAGAGGAAGUUAAGGAAAUGGAAGAAGUAAGGAAAAUGAAUUUUCCUAUGUUUGACCUAAGGAGGAGUUGGAAAGAUGGGGCUGUUGGUGAAGAAGUGACGAGGUAUUCAAUGGACAAAAGUUGGCUUCUGGGGAAUGUGAUCAGACGGGUAGGAGGAGCAGACCCUAUGACCCUCCUCGCUCACUUUCAAUUAUCUUUCAUUCUUUUCUUACAUAUCUCAAGUUAUUCCUGUUUGACAGUGUAUCGACGUCUUCUCUCCCUUUUCUGUCGUUCUUCCUCUUUCUUCAUGACACCAGAGAUAUAUCUCCUCGACCAUCAUACUCAGCCCUCUCCGAUGACCAUCACUACCACUCACUCUCCCUCUUUACCAUCGUCUGUCUCAUCCCCCAAACCCUCAACUUUAGCGAGACAAUUCGCCCUCACUCUCCUUUCUACCCUCUCUGCUCAGUUGAAAACCUUACCUCCAGAUGUGUUUCAAACUGAGCUUCCGGACAUGGACGUGGUUUAUCAAGACGAGCUUGCUCAAUUGCAUAACAAUCUGUGCGAUAGUUUGGGACGAGGGACGUUGUGGAGUAAGGAGAGUCAUAGGAAGGAGUUGGAGACAGCUUGGGAAAGACUGAGAGAUACGUGUAUGCGCAAGGGUUGGAGUUUGGGUCGUUUAGAUGAGGAUGAGAAGGAAGCAGAAGAGGAAGAGGAAGAAGGAGAGUAUGCUCCUGUCGUUGUUGAUAUCUGA